AUUUUCUGGCACACAAUAAUGAUGGCUGUAGUGAAUGCAUGGCUUUGCCAUAAGAAACAUGCAACUUUGCUUGGAACCAACUCUAUGAAGCUUCCUGACUUUAUCAAUCAUGUGGCUGGCUCACUUAUCGAGACUACGCUAAAGAGUUAAUGACUCACAGACAAAAACUGAUUAAACUGGCGGACUCAGCCGAGUUGGGAUGGAGAGUAGUUCAAGAGUAUGAGGCAAAUCCAUUGGCAAGCGACUCGGACGAUGAGAAACGAAUCUUUAAAGCGGAAGCAAGGGCUUCCAAGAAGUAUAAAGCGGAAAAAUCGAAGAAAGCGAAAUCUGGGCGAAACUGGCCAUACCGUAGACAGCAGCAGGUUAUGACAGAGGCGUGUCCGGUAAAUACACAACAGUCAGCACGACAGGGGCGUAGACCAGGGUUGUGUUUUGCAUGUGGCAAACCAGGGCAUUGGAGAGGGGCACCUGAAUGCCCGGAAAGAAAUACAAAUAAUAAGAUAAGUAAUGUUUUAUGUACAUGUAUAAAGAAAGAAAAAAGUUGUAAUUGUUCUGUAGAAAAAUCUUUCUCAAAAAGUGAAGGUAAUGUAUUACAUUUACCAGAAAAUGCAGAAAAUGCUGAUGAGCACACCGAAAUUAAGCAGUCAGAAACCGAAGAAGCACAACAAAGAGUUGUGUCACCAGUAGGUAGGUUACGACAUUGUUCGAGUAAAUGGAGAGAGGCAUCGGAUAGUGCCUACAUUAUGGAUGUAGUUGAAAAAGGUUACAAAUUACCCUUGAAAGAAACACCACCUAGUAUAGUGCUAAAAAACAACAAAUCAGCACGUGACAAUACGCGUUUUGUUGAAGAAGAAUUAAGUUGUCUUUUAGAUAAGAAAGUUGUUUCUAAAUCUAGUGUUGUACCACACGUAGUGAACCCUUUAACAGUUGCAUAUAGUAAAACGGGAAAACCUAGACUAGUACUUGACUGUAGACACAUAAACAGGUAUUUACAUAAAUUUAGAGUAAAAUUUGAAGAUAUCAAGGUCGCAGAAAAAAUGUUUGAUGAAAAUUCAUUUCUGUUUACAUUUGAUUUGAAAGGAGCAUAUCAUCACAUUGAUAUCUUUCCAGAACACCGCACUUACUUAGGCUUUUCAUGGUUAACUGAAGGUGAUACACAUUUUUAUGUUUUUAAUUCUUUGCCUUUUGGAAUAAAUACCGCAGGACAUAUUUUCACCAAAAUGUUAAGGGUUGUAGUGUCAUUCUUGAGAAGUAAAAGUCAUCGAAUAAUCAUGUUCUUAGAUGACGGGAUAGGGGGACAUGUUGAAUAUGUUCUAGCAGAAAGAUCGAGUGUUUACGUAAGAAAAACGCUCUGCGAAUUCGGUUUUCUAUUAGCAGACGAAAAAUGUAAUUGGCAGCCGACAUCUAGAGUCGUUUGGUUAGGACACGUGAUUGACAUGUCAAAAAACCUAUUGUUCAUAACAGAUUCAAGAAUCGAUAAUCUUGAAGUAUCGAUAGAUUCUGUUUUGUAUCAGAUAAGAAUGGACAAAUGUAAUAUUAUAAACGUAAAAGCUUUGGCAUCUGUUGUGGGAAAAAUUAUAUCUCUUCAAAAUGUAAUAGGCAAUAAAAUUAGAAUGAGAACAAGAGAAAUGUAUAGAUGCAUACUAUCUAGAGCAAGUUGGAACGCUCCAGUACUGGUAAGUGAACAGGCAAUCGCAGAAUUAAAAUUCUGGCGAGAAAAUGUGAGAAAAAUUAACCACAAAGGGAAAUAUUUCAAAAACAUGUCAGUUUGCGCAGUAAGUAUCUAUGCUGAUGCCAGUGCGGAAGGCUAUGGCGGUUUUAUCAAGAAAAAAGAUGAUUGCUUAGGUUCUCAGGAAUACGACAGUAAGAAAGUAAGUGUAACAUGUAUGUGUAAGCAGUUCCCAGAGAGAACUGAGAAAACAGAACACGGUUUUGACAAAACGUUAAUACCAGUAACGAUAACGGAAAGAGUUCGGCUCCCGGAAGUGAGCAUAAAUUCCGAUUGUGUAUCGGAAGUAUGUAGAAAUCAAGGUAGGGUCCCGGAAGUGACCAUUUAUUCUGACUGUAUAUCAGAAGUAGGUAGAAAAAGUAGUAGCAAGCUCCCGGAAGCGAGUUUUGAUUCUGAAUGUCUCCCGGAAGAGGGACAUGAAUGGUGCACAGAAGGUGGAAAUAUUGAUAAAUUGCUCCCGGAAGAGAGCAAGUAUUUAAAAGGUUCUCCGGAAGCGAACAAAAAUAUUGUUACAGUAAGCAAAUCAGUGCAUAAAUGUUUUAAAAAUAGUAAUCAUAAUGCACCCAGCAAUGAAACAAGCGCGUACUGCGCCAACAGAUUUCAAAAGAUCGAAGGUAAUUCGACAUUGAAAGUAAAACCCCCGGAUACGGGUUUUGAAUCUCGGGUUAACACUCGGGAGAGAAGUGAAAACGAUUCUGAAAAGAAUUCGUUUAGAACAAAUGGUAUUAUCAGCAAAGGUGGGAAGGGUACGCUACCAAAAGUUUCUAAAAUUAAGAUAGCAUUUCCGGAAACAGAAUCUCAGGUAAUUGGUAAGUGGGACACUUUAGAAAAGGUUCAAAGUUCCACUUGGAGAGAAACUGAAGCUGUUAGUAGAAUAAUUAAGAGCAAUGCACAUGUGUUAAAGAAUAAACUAGUGCACAUAUUUACAGAUAAUAAAAAUGUAAAAUCAAUCUUAUUAAAUGGGAGUAAAACUCCAAGUAUCCAAAGAACAGCUUUAGACUUAGCCAACUUUUGCGAAAACGAAAAUAUUUCAUUUCGUCCGGAAUGGAUUCCUAGAGUAGACAAUGAGCUUGCAGAUUAUUUGAGUAGAUGUACAGAUUGUGAUGAUUGGGAAAUACAUGACAGUGUAUUUUCACGUAUUGAUUGUUUAUGGGGACCGCAUACGAUUGAUCGUUUUGCGUCACACUUGAAUAAUAAGUGUUCUAGGUUCAACUCCCGUUGGUGGGUACCAGGAACUAAAGGCAUUGACUCUUUGAAUGAAGUCUGGAAAAAUGAAAAUAAUUGGCUUGUUCCACCACCAAGACUUAUAGUAGAUUGUAUAAAUAAGAUUAAUAGCGAGCAUGUAGAAUGUAGUUUGAUCAUACCAAAAUGGAAAAGUGCCCCUUUUUGGCCACUUCUGUUAAACGAAGAUGGAAAUUUCAAAUAUUUUAUAAAACAGACACUUAAUCUGUCAAGGUCAAAUGUUGUUGUCGGAAACGGUUAUAAUGGUACAUUUGAUAACGAACCACUAAAGUUCGAUAUGAUAGCAUUAAAAAUUAUAUCUUGAC